CCUAAUGAACUGCUGUCCUGUCCCCUGCAGAGAUCCCUUUCUCCACCUGGACCCCACCCCCUGGAAUCAACAGUCAGACUCUUUCCCACUUCUUUGAAAGAAUCCAGGAUUUAGGCAAAGACUACAAGCCAGACUCAGCCAAGGACACCAUCCAGAACCUCAUCAACUUAGUGGAUGAGCUGAUGACAGCCCCUGGGGACAUGGAGACCCUGGCCCUACCUGACCGGUACCACAUGGCCACCCACCUGCUCUCAGGCCUCGAAAAUGUCCUGAGGACCCUGGCCAAGACCUUGCCUGAUGGCUCCUUCACCUACCGUUCCCCUUUAGGCACAGAGCUGUCCCUGCUGAUCCAGGAGCAGGGGGACAAAAAUGUCACCAUAGGCCAGAGCCAUGCACGGAUGCUGCUGAACUGGGCUGUGGCAGCUGGAGCUGGGGACUCUGGCCCCACCGUGGUGGGCAUCCUCUCCAGCCCGAACAUGAUGAAAUUGCUGGCCAACACCUCCUUGGACCUGGACCACGAGAAGCAAGUUGAGCUGGAAGAUAUUCAUGAAAGCCCCAUCCGUGGGGCCCAGCUCGAGCUCCUCUCGGCGGUCAACUCUGUCUUUCUGAGCAACACAAACACCGAGAAACUCGACUACCCCGUCAUCUUUGCCAUCUCUCACCUUGAGUCCUCAGUGGAAGACACCUGAGACACGGCAGGAACUGAUCUGUGCCUUCUG